GUUCGACAAUAAUUGUAAUUUACCAUUAUUAGUUAGAAAUGUCAUUAUUGUUGAUUUUUUUUAUCCCGGAAAAGCAAACCACCAAAAUCAGUGGGGUAAAUGCCGGGGGACAUUUACCGAUGUAUUAUUAGUAAAAAUAAAAAGAAAAAACAAGGGAGGAGGGGGACUAUACCAAUACCUCUCCCAAAAGGAAAAUUAAAAUAAUACAAUCAACCGAAGAAGGGAAGAACAUAGAUAAUUGAAGGAACCAAACCGGACCCAACAAAAUAUCAGAAAGAAAUCAGAACCGAAGAUGAGGAAGAUCAAAAAGAUCCGCAAAAUAACUUCUCUUGACCAUUAUCGGAAGGUGACAAACCCGAUCAAAAAGAACAAUUUGGGCCGUUGCAUUCCUCUGGCUAGCAAGACAAUGUGCUGUUGUAUUACCUUCUCUGAACACAUGAUUAAAAGAAUAGCCCAGCCCAUAUGCAUUGCUUCUGAAACUUCGAACACCAGUAUACUUUCCGGAAUCCUCCCAAAUGAUAUCCAACGACCUAGUGGCAUCAGUCUCCACCUGAACAUCUCGCAUACCAUAGUUCAUCGCCAAUUCAGUCGCAGUUAACAAGGCAUUGAGUUCUCGCUUUAAUAAAGUCACACCAGAGUGAUUCUUGAGUCCUCCAUUUCCACCAGAGCUUAAGAGAGAAGGCUUUUUGAACAUCAGCUAUGGGUAUACUGUAUUUAGUACGAAUAAAUGGGCUGGACGAAUUAGAUGGAAUAAGUUGGGCUGGGUCGAAAUUGGGCUAGGUUGGUUUCUAAGCUAAAUAUUGUCUCAUCUAUUUUAUUAAAUUUCAUACUUGGGUUCAAAUGGGCUGAAAAUAAGUAGAAAUAAUUACAUAAUAAAUAUCAUCAAAAUAGAGACGGUUUACAAAAAUGUAAUUAAUUACUAAAGUACUAAUGAAAUCAUAGUAAUUUAUGUUCAAUUUUUAACACAAUUAAAGUAUUGGAAAGGUUUGAUGAAAAAACAAUGAGUAUCACAAUUAACAAAGAAAUCUACUUGAAUCUACAACAGAAUUUCUCACUCAUCCUAGUAGGGAUUUAAGCCAUCCACUAAACCUCCAAUAACUCUAUUGCUUCUCAGAGUUUGUUCAUUUAGGGGGUGUUUGGAACUGAUUCUGCUUCUGCUUCUUUUUUAAAAGCAGAAGCAGAAUCAGAAUCAGUUUUCAGAAGCUGGUACCCCCAGCUUCUAAAAAAACUGAUUCUGAGAGUAAAUUAGAGCUCCAGAAGUGCUUCUGGAAUAUCACCCAAACACUCCAGCUUCUGCUUCUACUCUCUGAAGGAGCAGAAUCAGUUUUGAGAAUCAGAUCCAAACACCCCUUACUCAAAAAUUAUAACUUCAGAAAAGAUAAUUGUAAUUCAAAACAAAUACGGAGUAAAAACAUUUUACACCAUGUUCUUUAACCUAAUCAACAUCUUUUAUAAAUAAAUGACUGAAUGAGGAUUUGUUGUGGAAGUUCUUUUGUAGGCGGUAUGAAAUUAUUAUAACACGCGUACUAUUAAUAUAAGUACACGGGUAAGCUGGUCACAUGAGCGAGCGUAAAUGGUGAGAGUAAAUUAAUUGCGCACUAUUAGUUUAGUUUUGGUGAAAUUCAAUUAAUUUCACCAUAACACUGCUUUGGAGUAGUCAAUGUUUAAUAACCCUAACCUUUGUCAAUUUGCAGAGAAAAUGGGAGGAGGAAGGAGUAGCAGUAUUACGAUUGGGAGAUACAAUUAUGUACAUGAUGUUGGUAAAGGGCCCACUGAAGCCAUAGAUGUCCACCAUGUCAUGCUUCCAAGAAAUGCUUUACCCAAUGCUUCAAUUUUACUCACAUUUCUCCUCCUCUCAGCCUACAUCUGCUCUCUAUUUGUACUGCAGGUCAGGUCUAGUGCUGCUCUUCUUUACAGCUUUCUUGUUGUGGCAUCGCUCAUCUGGAUUUAUCGAAAGCUAGUUGUCAGAGAGUCUGUGAUAAUUUUUCCUGCUUUUGGAGUUCAGAUUGAGACUCAGUACCAAAGCGGGAGAAUCGUUCGACGCUUUGUUCCUACUUGCAAGAUCUUGAAACCUGUGCUGAAUGAAUGUGUGACCCCCAUUACUUGUUACUGGACCCUCUCUCUGAUUAUUCAUGGAGAAGAGGAUCUUCUUUUAGUUUUCAAGGUGUUACGGCCUUCUGCAAAAAUUUUGGUUCCUAUUUGGAAGGCUUUAUGUGCUUGCGUUGAAUGUGGAGAAGGAAAGGAGCCAGUGUAGGAAACAUGACACUGCUCUCCAAGAUGGAUCCUCUGUUUCAUGCUCUACAGCUAUUAACACAUUCUUUAGUUCGUCAAGAACGAAGCUUCUCUUUUUUGUGCACAUACAAAGAUAUCUUAGCUUCAAUCUGAGUAUGGGUUAGUUGUAUUCUCCCUGUCUUUGCAAAUCAAAGUGAAGGGGCAUCAUCAUCAUCAUCAUCAUCAUCAUCAUCAUCUACUAACUAUCUAGCUACUAUUAGUGUUAGAAACCAUAAAAUUGAGUACAUUGCUCUAAUUUUGACUACGCAGUGAGUAACAUCAUAAACAUACCUACAUACCAUGUCUAUGAAAUUGGAAAAAAAUUAUAUAAAUUAAAAAAGAAAAUGACUUCCAGAGUAGAGGUAGGAUGGCCGAUGGCCGAUGGCGGAAGCAGCCAUUGAUGCCAUAGGUGUAUGAAACCAACUUUAUUUUUGAGUAACAUAACAAUAGUUUUGUGAUUGACUUUAUUUCAAACUGGUGUUCUUGACUUGUACUUUGUGAGUUGGUGAUAUUUUGCAAUCAUGAAACUCCAAAUACCAUGUGGC